AUGAUUACCUCUUUCGGUCAGGCUUCGCGUCUUCUCCUGCCUCCUCCCUUCCCGCCUUCGGGUGUCUCUCCCGUCUCGCUAUCUUUUGACGACACCGGCGAGGAGGCCUACGGCAGCCAGCGCCCGUCUUCUUCUCUCCGGUCGUCUUCGCUCGCUCUCCUCCCGCCUGCCUCCUUUUCGCUCUCGCCUUGUCGCGCGCUGCUCCUGGUCGUCCAGCCUCUGCGGCUGCUUGUCUUCAGCAACCUGCAACAUCGCGUGCUUCUCGCCUCCUUCUCGAGGCCGCCCCACGCCUUCCACUUUGGGGCUCACCUCGCCGCAAGCUGGGAGCUCUCGGAUCCUCUCGCACGCAGGCGGAGGCGAACGCGGAGUGGCGGGGAGCGAGCGGACGGCAACCUGGCAGAUCGCACAUGCGAUUCGAAGACGCCCUUUUACCGAAUCUUCGUCACCUGCUACCCCCAGGCCUCCGUCUGCGUGUACACUCUGGGGCAUCCCGGGCACGUAAAGCCGAGCCGGAGACGAGACGCACGCGGCCAAGAACCUGCCGAUGCAUGGCGCGACGCUCACGGCGACGCCUCGAGCGAUCCGAGCCUCUCUCUCCCAACCCCAGAGAGAGGGGCGAAAGCGAACGCGCGGCAAGGACCAGGGAGACACCCUGAGAGUCCUGUGGAGGGAGCGCAGCGGCUGGAGACUGGCCUCGGAACUUGCGCUCUCUUUCCUCCGCACAUCUUCAAUUCGGACGCCGCGUUCACCUCGGGAGAGAGUGAAGGCGGGGAAUCUGAAGACGAGAACGCCUUCGUGUUCGCGACGGCGCAAGUCGGGAGGGGAGCGCAUCGCGGGCCUCCGCCUCUCGGAACGCGAGCGCUGAAUGGCGGCGGCACGUCGACGCCGGCGACAGUCGCGGCGGCGCUGUCGACUCCGUCGCUGCUGCUUCAGCACCGGCCAGCGUCGCUCCGAUCUCUGGAGUUGCGUUGCGACGCCGUCCUCAGCCUGCCUGUGCGCGGGAGCGCCUCUGCGUGUUCGCCGACGCACCUCAUCGUAGGGUGCGCGCGGCAGCCUGCGCUCCUCUUUCUCCCCCUCGACGCCGUGAAAACCGUGAAUGCAGUCGUCUACCUCUCCGACUUCCUCCCUCCCCGGACCCCCAGACGCCGCAGACCAGACGAAGGCCGAGUGCACAGGACAAGAGGCAGGGGCGGAGAAGAAGGAAGCAAAGCGAGCAACGGCUGUGGAGAUCCGCGUUUCCCCGCCGAGUCUGUCCCCGCGCCGUCGAGUCGCUCAUCCUCGCCAGCUGUCUCCUCAGGAGGUCCGGCUGCGGGGCGAGCUCGUGGGCGGUAUCUGUUCUCUCCGCUGGGCCACGCAACCGUUCAGGAGAGCAUCCAGUGGCAAGAGCAACACCCGGAAGACGUGGUCCUUCUUCCAGAUCUGCCCGACGAGGCGCUGCGGGAUGUCUGCGCCGCCCCAGAGGCGCGUCGGCACCUCCAGAGGCUGCUGUGCCUUGCCAGUGAAGAGCCGCAGGCCGCGAACGGGGCGGGGGUAGCGGCCUCGGCGGAAGAACAGGCAGAAGACGCGGCCGGAGACACGGAGAGAAACGCGGGUUACAUGGUCCAGUCGCCUGCUCUGGUUCGCACUCUGCGCUCGCUGUUGGGCCGCCGCCGGCUCGAGACACCGGGAGAGGCCUUCGCAACUUCUCGCGCCGACAACGAUCUUCAAGAAGCACAGCGCUUUGCUCACGUAGGCCAGCAUCCCAGGACGUCGUCUCUCUCUUCUGUCUCGGCUUCGUCCCGCGACGCGCAAGCAGAGAAAGGCCCGCUCGGCUCUUGCGCGUCGCUUUCCGGAAAAACGAACCUGCCUCGAGAGGACGGUGCGGCGCGUCUGCGAGGCGUCGUUGCGUCGCUGUCGGAAGGGAUUUCUCAGAUCGCCCUGGACUUGCAGCUGAGCGUGUUGGGCGCGGUGACCACGCGCGGCCGCUUUUUUCUCCUCAGCUGGGAAGCGCCGCUGCUCUCCGCUCCCGUCCCCUCGCCUUCGUCUCACUUGCGCGCAGGGCGAGGCGGCAGAAACCCCACGGGAGGAGACACUUCUCCUGUCGGCGUGCUGGUGCGCGACCGCCUCGUUGUAUGCUGCGCCCUGACUGCCGAACGGCGUCUCCUGGCGCUGGGUCUGUCCUCGGGCGUCGUCGAAGUCUACUCCAUCGAGUUCGCGCGAGUCUCCUCUGCGUCGGAGCGAUCUCGCGUGGAAGCCCCGUCUCGGCAGCCCAAGACAAAUCCAUCUGUGGAGGCCAGAGGCGAGGGAGACGAGAAGCCGCAGGAGAGGACAGCGGGUGGGGGAUCUACGAACGAAUGGAUUGAGGAGGAACGUCGGGCAUGCAGCUCGGCUCUCGGGGCCUCGCGAGGGGGUGCUCGGUGUCCCGUGCGCCUCAUGUGCCGUCUCAGCUUCUGGGACGCUUGCGGCCUGGAUCCAGCAGAGCUGCAGGGCGAGGCGUCGCGACGCGGACGAGUCAAACACCGGCGAAGGCCAGCAGACAGAGAAGGAAGGAAGAGGGAUGACUUAGAAGAGCGGCGCAGGGAGCCCUCUUUCUCUCCUUCCUCUCGCUCUCGUUCCUCUCGUUCUCGUUCCUCUCUCUCUUCUCUGUCUUCGUAUUCGGAGUCGCCGUCUCUCUCUUCUGUUGAUGCCGACAUGCGUCUUGGUGAGGCGCCAGACGAGCGGGAUGGUCCGCCUGUGGAGACUCUCGCGUGGUCGGACGACGGCCUCGCCCUGGCUGUCAAAUGGGGGAGGGACGGGGGAGAGUCGGAGUCAGGCCUGUCUCCGCCACGCGCGUCCCCAGUGGCAGUCUUCUCGUACACAGGCCGCCUGCUUUUCGCGCCUUUUCCCCCUGGCGACGAGGCUUCCGUGCGCGGGUUUCGGGUGACGCGGCUCUCUGCCUCUGAGCGCCGCGACUCCGGUUCCGGUCGCGAGAGGCUCUUUCUCUCUCCUCGUCGAGAGGAAGUGCAGCGAAGCGUGGUUUCUGCGGCGUCAGCAACUAGAGUUGCAGGGACGCAACGAGACAGAGACAGAGACGCGUCGCAUCACGGGGCAAGGCGGACCCCGAUUCCGCCUGCGACGAGGCCUCAAACGUGCGCAUGGACCGGCCAAGGUCUGGGGCUGAUGGUGGCGCAGGACGGUCGCCGCAGGGACCGGGGAGAAGGGCGGGAGGAGGUUGGGUCAGGGCGCGAAAGGCGAAGAGCGAGUUUUGACUCGGCCAUGCUGGCGUUUUCUGUCUCGGGAAGACGCAAGGACAGCGCAGGAACAGCCGACGAGGAAGAGCGAGGAGACAGAGACGGAGGAGAGACAGAAAAAGGGAGUAAGGACAGGGGACUGCUGGGGCCGGCUACACCCCUUUCCCCCGCAGGUGGAGACGCGGGCGGGGCGACGGCGGAAGAGGCGAGGGAGUCACGCAGAGGGCGAGGAGACAGGCGCGAGAGACGGAGCUCCAGACUUGAGGCGAACCACGCCGGAGACGGGGCCGACGGUCGCCCGAGUCCCUCUUGGAGAAAGAAGAGAAGCGAAAGCGAGGUCGGCAGGAGAGACGCAAGUGCGGCUACGCAUGCAAUGCAUGCAGCUCCGCCGAACGUUUUCGAGUUUCCCAUUUUUCGAAGUGCGUGGUUGGGCGUCGGGACGAACGCCGUGGACACCGCAGGCAGUCGCGCGGCAAGCGACACGGGAGACAGAAUCUUGAUCGGGUCUUCCUGUCUCUUGCUCUGGGCGUCCGCGCCGCACUUGCCUUCGUCUCUCUCGUGGUCGCGCGUUCCGCUUCCCCCGCCAAUGUAUCUGUCUCCGAAUUGGCCGAUUCGCCAGGCCUCUUUGUCUCCGAACGGCGACGCGCUGCUGGUGACGGGGCGUCGCGGGUUUGCAGUUUUUUCGCUCUCUCAAAGAAAGUGGCGCUUUCUAGGCGACGAACAACAGGAGCGUCAGCUCCCCACGGGCCUUUUGCCCCAGGGCUGGUACGACUCCUCGAUCUUCUUCAUUUGCAUCCGGACCUUCGAUCCAGACGCGUCCCCGGCGGACUCGGCCCUCGCUGCGCUUGCGCCUCUCCCCGUCAACAGCCUGUCUUGGGGGCACUCUCUCCACCGAACGGCCUGGACGCGCGACGCGUCUCCUGUCUCGCACGUGUCUCCGUCCGCCGCGCCGUCUCUCUCGGCGCACUCGACCCACACAAGCGAGGCUGGUGGCUCGCAAGCGACCGCUGAAGCGCGCGCAGCAACUGAGCUCAACCGAACGCGCUCCGCCGUCUCCUUCGUCGACGCUCCGCCUGCGGCGUCUCCUGGGGCGACGCUGCCCGCGUGGCGAGGCCUGCGCGGCACUGCGCAUGCAGCAGAAGUCGCCUUGGAGCGGCGGGUUGCCCAAACGCCCCUCGCCGUCGCUCGCGAGCUCCGGGGGAUUGCGCUGCAAGAACGCGAGACUUGGGAAAGUGUGCUGGAGCGGCUCGAGUCUCAGGACAGCUGGGCAGAUGCCGAAACCUCCGCGGCGGCCGCUGGGGAUGCACCCGGGGACGAAAGGCCUCCCGGGCCUGGCAGGGCGAGCAAUCGCAGGUCGCUUUUCUCGGUUGGCGAGAAGCGCGCGGCCGAAGAUCGACAGAGCGUCGGAGACGCGCGGCGUGCGGGGAUCUCCAGAAGCAGGAAGACGCCUGUGCCGAAAACGGGAUAUGCGCUCUUGUUCUUCGACACCCGUGGUCGGCUCGCCACGGAGAACUGCGUUGCGGCUGUCCGAUCGCUUCCCGCGCGACCGCUCCGAACGACGCUCUUGUCAGAUCGACAAAAGAUCGGCGUGCGGGUCCGCGAGGCAGAGACGCGCGGACCCGCACUUCCAGGACACUCGAGCGCAGACGCAGGCGUCUCGGACAGGUGCUGUCGAUGCGAAAGACGCGCGAGACAACGACGGGAUGGAGACAGAGACGAAUCCAGAGAGACAGAGGAGACACUGAACGGCGCGUGGGUGUCUCGCGGUGUGCGUGCAAAGUCGCGAGUGGGGGAUGCCACCGGCGCGGAGGAACGCGUUGCGUGUCGGCUCUGUCGAGAGCUGUCCGAUGGAAAUGCAGAGCCGCUUUCUUCCCUCUCGUCCUUCCAGCCGUGGUCCGGCAACCCUGUCCUCGCCGUCUAUGACGCGCUGCAUCUCAUCACCAGCUACCAGCUGCAUCCGGCCUCGCCUGCGGUCCCUUCGCCUUGCUCCCCAGCCCCGCCUUCCUGCUCGUCGCUCCACCGCACUGUCUCUCAGCAGUCUGCGGUCUCGCGGGCCUCGUCUCUCUCGUCACCCGGAACGUCCUUUUUGGCGACGCCUGCCACGCCUGCAUCCGGCUCUCCUCACGGCGCCAACCUUCUCGUAGGCUCUUCGUUCUCCACUUCCCUCCCCGUGGGCGCAUGCGACGUCGUGGCGCUGUGGCAGGUCGACGUGUCGGGGUGCUGGGUGGAUCCUCCUCUCCAGAUUCGCUUCGCCUCGCCAGCCCUUCUCGUCGUCCAUCACGCCGCGGGGCGGGUGACCGCGCUGCGCCUCUUUCCAAAAGAAGCCUGCGAGGCGGCCGGCACGAAGACGGGCUCUCUGAAGCUGCGGGGCGGCGAAGAAGGGACAGAAAAAGGGACAAAGAAAGAGACAGCCGCGAGGCGGGAGGCGGCCUACAGAGACGGGCGGGAAAAAAGAGGAGAGGCCUUGGGGUAUCGGCCGGACGAGCUCGGCACCCUGCGUCAACCGAAAGCUUCUUUCGGGGCGUUGUCUUCCGCGCCAUCCGGGCGUGUUCCUCUUUCCGCGAAGGGGGCGUCUACGGCUUCUCUGUACCUAAUUCCUCAGUAUGUCGCGAUUCAAAGCGAGGCUGUCGGGUACGGGGUGACGUCUCUGUGGAUGGGUUCGCCCGCGCAGCUCUCGUUUUUCACGCCGCUGCAUGCACUGCCGAGUUUCUGCCUUCCUGGACUCGACACGCUCCGCAGAGCGGCGGCGCGCAACAGCGAAGCAGCGCGAGAACGGGGCGAAGGAGGAGACAGAUGCCCCUGUGUCUCCUGUUCUUGGCGGCCGAGGCCGAGCCUGGUCUGGAGGAAACGGAGUGAAGAGGAGAAUCUGCGAGCAUCUCGAGAACCCGAGAAAGAUCUUCGAGUGCCCUCGCCACUCGCAGGAGCUACAGGCGUGAAUGACCAGACGAGGGCAAUUGCUUCUCUCCCGUUUGAAAACGAAGAGGACGCACGACGGGCGCUGGUGGUCGGUGCAUGCGAAGAACCAGCUUUCCCCUUUCUCGCGCCGCUCGUCCGUGCACUUCCUCGCUCCGUCAGCCCGAUUAUCGAGGUUCAUUCCUUCGCGUCCUCCUGUGCGUGCGUGUGUCUCCUCGUUCUGGGUAGCUCUUCUUCGUGUCGCGGCGGGUUGCCUGAGUUCGCGAAGCGUGGCGACCGCGAGUUUGUGGCGAAGCCACUCAACAGUGCAACAGCGUUCGGAGACGCUGUGUGUUCCGCCUUUGCUCCCCUUCCCGCGCAUCCGCCGCUACUAUCUCUGGGCAGGAAGAAGGGCGAAUCUCUUUCGUCUGUGUCUCUCACCCCUGCCGUUCCCCGGAAGGCUUCCGCCUCGAUUUCCCCCUCGCGCGUUCUUCCUCCUCUUCCUCAGCGCCGAAUGUCGCCUCGCAGCAACGGGCGAAGGCCCCAGCGGCUCGCCGCCCCCACGCCACAGGCGAGAGGAGAGACAUUCGACGAGGAACAAGACUGCCCCGCAGGCGAGAGAGAACACGGCGACGUCGCGCACAACGGCGCCCGAGUUCCAAGAAUGCAGGGACGAACGAAGACAUACAGACAGAACGUGAACGGAGUUCAGCGAAGGCACGAGGGACAGGCGUCUCUGCGACGGAAAACGGAGAAACGCAGACGCAGGAAAGGACGCACAAGGCCCGAAGGUGUCUCUCCACCGCGGUUUGCGGAUGUCCCGUGCUGCACAGUCGGCGGCAUCUAUCUCUGGAUGCAAGGCACAGAAGGCCUGUCUCUCGCGGUUCUCUCGUUUCAUUUUCACGGCUCUUCCUCUGAAGACGAACUCGACGAGGUCUCCGAAGGCGCUGCUUCCGGAGCCUCCACGGAGGCUGGGAGGGGCGCAGACGCCGGGAAGGAAGGGCCGGAAAACUCGGACCGAGUCAGGUCGCGGCGCGACACGGCGAGGCACCGAAGGCGCGCUCUCGCAUCUUCUCUUUUUCCUCGCUUCGACGUCGAAUGCCGAUGUUCCCUCCUUCUUCCCAUCGAGCAGAAGCCUCAGCCUCUUCUCAUCGCAGGUGUCCUGGCGCCGCUGGGCGUCGUGGUAGCCUGCUCGCCGUCGUCGGUGUCGCUCGGCCCAAGUGGCGCGGGAUCCUCGGUCGUGGAGACCUCUGAAGGCGCGCGGAUUCGCGCGCCGUGUAUCGAUCUUCGUCUCCAGCUCCAACCUUCUCUGCAUCCUCUUCUUACUCGCCUCCUCGCGGCCUCUUCGGAUUCGGCUCUGCCGUCUUCUUCCUCUCUGUCUCCUUCUUCAUCGCCUUCUUCCUCUCUGUCUCCUUCAUCGCCUUCUUCCUCUCUGUCCUCCUCUCUGUCUUCCUCUCUGUCUUCUCCGUCUUCUCUUCGAGGACCGGGCGAGGCGUCUUCAGCCGCCUCGGUCUACGCCUGCUGUCGCGGCGGAGUCUCCAGGGCUGCGAGGCUUCUGUUUCAGAUUCGGGCUUCGCCCUUCUUUGCCCACCUCGUCGAACUCGCUCUCUACGAGCUCGUCGAUGCCUGUCUCCCCUUCUUUUCUCGCGAACUGCGGCGUCUCGCCCCGUACGCCGAACGACGCAACGGGCGCAUCGUCGGAGACUCCAACGCACGACAAGAGGAAGGAAGCGACGUUGCGUCCUGGGCGUCUGAAGCUUCUUCUCUUCCUUUGCCGCCGGCCGUCGGGCCUCACUGUGGAACGUCUCAAGAGAAAAAGUGCAUGCACGUUUCGCCGGCGGCGGCGGGGCUCGACUCCGCGAUUCGGCCUUGCGCAGCGGAGACAGAGGCGACGGUACACGCGGGCGGGGCGGCCGUUUGGAAGGCGGGAGUCGACGCAGCGCGUGGAGGGAAGCGAGGCAGUGGAUGCGACUCCGGGUCCCCCAGACCGGAAGCAUAUGUGUUGAGUUUGCCGCAAGCGCAAACAACUCCGUUUCCGUGGCGAAGGAGCGACGGGGGCAGCGCGAGACAAAUGGCGGGGAGACCAAUGGCCUGUUCGUCUGCGGCAGCGAUUGAAGGCGCACGCGAGAACGGAGACAGACUCGAAGAGCGAGAACCCGCUGCCGCGAGGCCGGAGGUCUGUCGGCGAACAGGGGACAGCAGGCCUGACUUUUUAAGACGCGCGGUGGGAGCAGUCGGCGAAGCGUCAACGAACGCGGCGGUCUCCCCACAGGGAAACGAUUCGCGAGACGAGAGUGAGGCGAGUGCGGCGGCGCGUCAACCGAGCAGAGAGCUUGGCGCGUGGACGGCAAACCAGAGAGCGCGACGUGAAGUCAACGCGAGAAAAGAGAAAAGCGAGGAGAGGCGCGCGCAGAUUCUCUUGUCUCUCCACCAACUUUUGGUCUCCAAAGACGUGGACGCGUACGUUUCUUCUUCGUCGACUGCGCGUUCGCCUUCGUCUCCGUCGACCCCGUCCAGUCGCGUGCGGCCCGCGGACUGGGUCUCCCACGCAGACACCUGUUCGUCCUUUUCCGACGCUUCUCCCUCGCGGUUUGCCGCUGCGCAAGAAGUGCUGACUUCCUUGCCAGGAGGAGCUGCGCUGUUUUCUCUUUUGCAGCUGCUGGCGAGUCGCUGUCCGUCGCUGCUGCCGAAGGUUCUCGCGUCUUGUGCGCGGAUGACGGAGCCGACGCAGGCGCCGCUCCUUCUGUUUCCUCUCCUCGGGCGUCCGCCCCAGGCGUUUUUCGACGAGGCCUUGAAGAGCGACUUUCUCCACACCGCCUCGCUGUAUCUUCUGCUGCUGCAAAACAUCGAAGGCUGUCUCGCAGUGAGACGGAAACGGGGCGUGCCUUUGCUGCGCGCCGCCCUCCGCCUCGGCGUCUUGCCUCUCGCGAGGACGUUGAUCCGCUUUCUCCUCGCAGUCUUGGGCACCCCCCGGGGAGGAGAGAAGAACCCAGUGCGCGGAGGCGCCACGCCGCGAGGGCGCCUCGAGACUCUCGGCGACGAAAGGGAUGGACGCGAGACAACGGAAGAGCUGCAGAGCCCCUGGAGCGGUCCCGGCGGUUCCCCGAAGCUCUGGGCGCCUCCGAGGCGCUGGCAACGAGGCGGAGGGCCGAGACCAGAGACUGACAUGGUGCGCCAAGAGGCGAACGCGAGCGCGACAGAGAGAACGCGCCAGCAGGCAGGCGCCGACGUCGGGACAGCAGGAAACUGCGGGAUGGCCGCACCAGCUUGCGAGCGCUGUACGGCUUCUCCUCCCGACAGCGCGAACACGGGAAAUGACAGACGCAAAGAAGACAGAGGAAACGAACAAGACGAAGCGCAGGUGAUGUGUAUUUAUCGGGGAGUCGUCGACAGUGUCGGCGAGUCGCUCUGGCGUUCAAUCGUUCAUCUUCAGUGGCUGCGCGUCUUCCAGCUGAGUUCUGUGCUUGCGCUGGAUCUCCCUGCAUGGCUUGUCUGCCUUCGUCCCCAGUUCUGCCGUCUCUUCUCUCUCGACCUGUCUCCGUGUGCCACGAACCCGGUGGCUGCCCACCUGCAUGCGCUCCCCUUCGAAGCCGUAGCCCUCUCGAUGGCCACGCAGCUCGGCCUCAGUCGAGCGCCUCUGUCCGUCUUUUCGCGGGCCCAGUGGGAGGCCUUUUUCCCCGGGCAUCUCCCCUCGCCGACGCUCUCUGAGGCGCGAGAUCCGCACUCGCCGUCCGCGUCUUCUCAAGAACGCAGUCCCUUUCCCGCUACAGAUUCUCCUUCGCUCGCGUCGCCGUGCUCUCCUGUCGAGAGUCAAACCCCUCCGGGGCGGUUUCGCCCCCCUGCUGUCUCCUCUCGCUCUUCUUCGGAGCCCGGUGACCACGUAGAAAGGAUAGGCGAGAAGAGCUGUUUGGACGAGGACGCGAGCGGGGUUUGUUCCGCUUCUCUUUCGCCUCCGACGUUCCGGGAGUUCUGGGCGGGAGAGUGGAAACUUGAGCGUCGCCCCGCCGGGGGCGUUUCUGCGCCGGGCGCUCGCUCGCCGAGCGCAGGACGCGCAGAAUCCGUCUCUGCCCCGUCGACGCCUCUGCGCAUGCAAGCGGAGACAGCUUCAGGCCAUUUGCCCACGCUUCAGUUUUGGCCCGAGACGCGCGUGUCGGAGCCUCCCGCGUUCGUUGCAGGCGACGGCGAGGCGUGCCUCAGUCUGGCCAGGGAGAGUUUGUGCGCGUUUUUCCUCCGCGUGUUCAUCUGCGCGGAUUUUCCGGUUCUCGCGCUCGCUCUUCUCGCUGCGGCGAGAGACGACGGGGGAGUGCGGAAGGUAUUUUCACUCUCGCCUUCGCUGCGCCUCCGCGUGCAGAUGAAGAAAGAGGAAGGCGACGAAGAACGGAUGAGACUGCAGGGCAGGAACGCGGGGCGGGCCGAGGCGUCGGGAGAGAAAGCCAGCAGCGAGGAGAAGAAAGGCGAAGGCGGAUGGGCGGGGAUGUCGGACGCGCUGAGGGAGUGGCUGUUUGCUCUAUCUCAGGACGCGCAAUAG